AUGUCUGCGCCGAAGCCGAAUUGGUGGAAGGCUAGCACGUGCUACCAGAUAUGGCCUGCUUCGUACAAAGACAGCAACGGCGAUGGUAUUGGAGACAUUCCCGGAAUCAUUAGCACGCUUCCCUAUUUGAAAGAUCUUGGGGUCGAGACUAUAUGGCUUUCCCCAAUGUACGACUCGCCGCAGUUAGACAUGGGCUACGACAUAUCCAACUAUGAAGACGUCUAUCCUGCCUAUGGCACCCUCGCCGAUGUGGAUCGACUGGUGAAAGAAUGUCGGGGUCGAGGAAUGAAGCUGAUUUUGGAUCUGGUGGUGAACCAUACAAGCGACCAACAUGCCUGGUUCGUCGAGUCCCGCAAGGACAGAACCAACAAAUACGCCGAUUGGUAUAUAUGGCGAGAUCCAGAGAUCAUCGAUGGACAGCGCCACCCACCGAAUAACUGGAGAGCCAUCUUCGGGGGAAGUGCGUGGGAAUACUGUCGAGAACGCGAUCAAUAUUAUCUUCAUCUGUUCAUCAAAGAACAACCGGACCUCAACUGGGAAAACGAAGAGACUCGGCACGGGAUCUACAAGUCCGCCAUUGAAUUCUGGCUUGAUCGAGGCAUCGACGGCUUCAGAGUAGACACUGCGAACUUCUACUCAAAGGAUGUUUCGUUCCCCAAUGCCCCAGUCCGCCUCCCUGGGGAAGAAUGCCAGCCCGCGUUUCAAUAUUUCACCAACGGCCCACGCAUGCACGAAUGGCUGAAGGAGCAGCGCCAGCAAGUGCUCGACAAGUACGGCGACGUGUUGAUGGUUGGGGAACUGCCAGACACGGAAGCGGCCAAAGUGCUGCAGUACGUGUCUGCCGAGGCGCGGGAGCUCAGCUGCGUGUUCGACUUCGACGUUGUGAAUCUGGGCACCAGCAAGCACGGCGGCGGGAAAAAGCACCAUACCACGCGGCACACGUUACCGGAGUUCAAGGAGGCCAUUUGCAAGGUGCAGGACCUGAUGCGCGGCACUGACGCCUGGACGACGGUCUUUCUCGAGAACCACGACCAGGGCCGCAGCCUGUCACGAUUUGCCACGGACAAACCCCAGUUUCGCGAACAGGCGGCCAAAAUGCUGGCUGUGCUAAUGUGCUGCUUGACCGGCACACUCUUCCUCUACCAGGGCCAGGAGAUCGGGAUGUACAACCACCCAACGCACUGGGGCGUGGAGGAGCUGCGGGACAUCGACUCCCUCAACGCGUACAACGACGUCGCGACCCGUCACAAAGGCGACCCGCUGUGGAUGAAGAAGGCUAUGAAGGGUCUACAGCUCGUUGGUCGCGAUAAUGCCCGUCUACCUGUGCAAUGGGACUCGUCGCCCAACUCUGGCUUCACGACGGGAAAGCCCUGGAUUAGAGUCCACGACGACUUCGAGCAGGUCAAUGUCGCCGCCCAACUCGCCGAUCCUCAGUCGCCCCUGAACUUCUGGAAGAAGAUGAUCUGCUUGCGACGUGAUCACGCCGACCUGAUGGUUUUUGGCCAGGAUUUUACUGUCUGGGACUAUUUCGACCAGGACGUCUUCACGUUCACCAAAACCGAUCCCGAUGGUGCGCAGAAGAUCCUCGUGUUCUUGAGCUUCUCCGACGAGGUACAACCUCUGCAUUAUCCCACUGGAUUGGAAAGCGCGCAUCAGGAGUUGCUGGUCUGCAAUGUCAACCAUCCCGGGCGCUACCUUAGUCCAUGGGAAGCGAGGGUCUAUUUGAUCAGAGAAAGCGUUCUGAAUGGGCAUUGA